GGUACAUCCUGACACUAUAACCCGGCUCGGUUGUGCAUUACCAGUGACGUAACUGUGAGAGCGAAUCUGCAGCUUCGGAUGUGCAGGUGGCGGGAGCAGGGGAAGGCGCGGAGACAUGGAGCGGCAGGAGGGAAGGUCCAAGAUGUCCGACAAUGAGUUGUUCGAGAAGGACAUCUGGGAGUAUAAGUCUAAACAGAAAGUAAAGCAGCCGAGCAAUAAAGGGACAAGGUCUGCAGAUCGGGGCAAGGCAAAGCAAAAAGCGGCUCAGAAACCCCGUUCAUCCCUUGGUGCCAGAACUCAGCCCCCCAGUAGGAACGUUUCUCAGACUUCUACAAUACGAGCGAAAAGGCAACUUGCACAGGAAGAUGGGGAGAAGCCAGUUUCCCAAAGAGAACAGCCCACCCCAACACUGACACCCCCAAACAAGAAUCAGAGCCCUCCUAAGUCUCCUCGGUCCAGACAUGACGGCUACUGCCCAAGUUGCCAGAUGCCAUUCUCUCUAUUGCUGGUACAGUCCCCGAGGUGGCACGUGAGCGAAUGUUUGGACGCUGCCGGCGCUACAGCGAAAGAAUGUCCUGAUGGUGUAAUGUGCAGUUCAGCAAUUCCAUCACACUACAAAAUCUACUCACACUUCCAGCUGGCUCAGAGUAGGGCAGUGAACGAUUCUGUCUUUUCGUUGCUGAACACCCCCGGAUCUGCCGGUCACCAGCCUGUUAAAUUAAAUCUCUCACAAAGUCCAAUAUCCUGGGUAAAGAUAAGUGAAAACAUUAACAAAAACAGACAAAACAGCCCGAAGACAUUAAGCCAGACACCCAAAAAAGACAAGUCUCCUGCGAGUUCUCAGGGUUCAGUGAAACAGAGCUCCCUCCAUGCCUGGUUAUCCUCCCCAUCCAAAAAUGAGAAACCCUCCCAAGAAAUCCUUAGUAACCCUCACCCUGGUUGUGCCGAUUCCACUGCCAAUAACCCACAGUCGGCCCAACAACCUGCAGAUUUGGGGGAAUAUGGAAUCUCCUAUUCCCCACUUAUAUUUAAUGAAGAGCUGGAUAGUGAUGAGGAUCCUAUAAAGAAACUGUUUCCCAGCGAAUCCUCUGAGGAAGAGCAUUGUGGGACAGCAGAUAAAAGACAACAGGUUACAAAUCAGUCUCACGGUCCCCAAGAGAACGGAAUGAUUCCACCACUGAAAUAUUCUAAUAUCUCUCAGCAGGAUCUGAGAUUGUUUAACCCUGGUGCUGAUCAUAGGAACCAUAUUAGUGCAAGUAGCACCUCCCAGUGUGCAGCCAAUCAGCAGCAAUCUGAUCACAUACCUGAUUAUGCUAAUUGGUCUGAAUGCAGCUCACCUGCCCCAGAGAUUGGGGAAUGGGACACAUAUCAGACUCAGCCAGAUUUGUUUGGUGAACGUGCUCCAAGGUUUGGGAAUUCAACUCGGUGGAAGGGAGAAAGUAUUCCUGUGGUGGAAGCAGGUAGGAGAGAAAGCUGCUCUAUUAUCUCUCAAAGAGCCCAAGUCUCAGAGCCAGAACCAGCGCUAAGUUUGGGGUCACAUAAGGACAAACUGGUGUUAACAUUGAGCCAAAAGAUUCCAGCAAUGCCAUCAAAAACUGUGCAAUCAUGUGCAAACUCAAAGGGGAUGAAACAGAUGGACAUUGGUGUGUUUUUUGGGCUCAAACCUAAGGCCAAAGAGGACCCCAAGACUAAAGUACCCCCUAAGCCCCAGAACCAGCAUGAUGUGGCUCUUCCAUCCGAAAGUAAGCCUGGGCAGAGAAAGAGGAAAGGCCAGGGGUCCCUGGGAGACAAAGACCCUCUUGCGGAUCAUACCAACACAGAACCAGAGGGGGCAACUGGGAACCAGAGAGGAGGAUGGAAACGCCCCAGGCAAUUCUCAACUGGGGGUGAGGGCAAAGGAAAGAAGCAGUGCCCCUUCUACAAGAAAAUUCCAGGGACUGGCUUUGCCGUGGAUGCUUUCCAAUAUGGACAGAUAGAGGGCUGCUCUGCCUAUUUCCUCACUCACUUCCACUCUGAUCACUAUGGAGGACUGACCAAGAAAUUCCGCUUCCCAAUCUACUGCAGCAAGAUCACAGGGAACCUUGUGCAGAACAAGCUGCGUGUGGAGUCGGAAUUCAUCAACACUUUGCCCAUGAACACGGAGUGUGUAGUGAAUGGGAUUCGGGUGGUGCUGCUUGAAGCGAAUCAUUGCCCCGGGGCAGUUCUGCUACUUUUCCGGCUUCCCAACGGAACUUCCGUACUGCACACUGGGGACUUUCGGGCAGAUCGUUCCAUGGAGAGUUAUCCGGCUCUGAUUGGCCAGAGGGUCCACACCCUGUAUCUAGACACCACUUACUGCAGCCCAGAGUACACGUUCCCUCCGCAGCAGGAGACAAUCCAGUUUGCAGUGAAUAUCGCCUUUGAAAUGGUGACGUUGUAUCCCCGCACGCUGGUGGUUUGUGGCACUUACUCUGUUGGAAAGGAAAAAGUCUUCUUAGCCAUUGCUGAUGUGUUGGGGUGUAAAGUCUGCAUGUCCCAAGAUAAGUACAAGACCAUGCAAUGCCUGGAGUCAGAAGAUAUACGUUCACUUGUAACUACUGACUGGCACAGCACUGCCCUCCAUGUCCUGCCCAUGAUGCAAGUUAAUUUUAAGGGUCUGAAUGUGCAUCUCGGCAAGUUCCCUGGUAAAUACGACCGGGUCCUGGCGUUCAAACCCACAGGUUGGACCUACUCGGAUAGUAGUGUGUUAGUGGCUGAUAUCAAACCUGAGAUCCGAGGGAAAGUCACUGUUUAUGGCAUUCCCUACAGUGAGCACAGCAGCUACUCCGAGCUAAAGAGAUUCGUCCAAUGGCUGAAGCCCCAGAAAAUCAUCCCGACUGUGAACGUCGGCAACUACAACUCCCGCUCGGCGAUGGAGAAAUAUUUCAGAGAAUGGCUUUCAGAUGCUGCUCAAAAGAAGUAGGAAGCCGAGGAAUGUGUGUCCCCAUCCCCCUUGGCCUCUUAAGACUUUUUGGCAAUUUCUAAAUUGUGCAAAUUUUUAUAAAUUUAUACUAUUUGUGCCAAUGGGGGAAUGAUGCACGCUUUAUGUGCAACUUUAUUUAAAAUACUUCUACAAUCCCAUGUUAAGGCUUUUCGGGAGUUUCUCUGGGAAUGCUGGGAGGUGUAGUCCACUACAGAGGAUCCGUAUGAUUAAUUUGCACAUCUUUUCCUGCUGGUCAGACUUUAGGACUCACAGCUCAGUGCCAAAGCUUCCCUUCUCUUAUUUACCCUUUAAGAAGCGAAAGCUGUACCUGCUCCUUCCUUGUUCAUUAAUUACCCCGGGGUCAAGUCACUUGUCCUUUGUCUUUUAUGUCUCUCUUUCUAUUUAAUAAUAAUAAUAAGAUGCAAAAUAUAUUGUGGAUAAAAUAAGCUUUUAAUAAUGGAUUUUGUAAAAUAAAGGUUUUUAUUAUAAACUGA